AUGUCUGUGGAGGAGAUGCCUCCCAACAUGUCUAGCAUAGGCAAGAAGAAGAAGAAGGAGAAGUCAUCCCAACCUAUACAACCAGUGCAUCCACAACCGCACAAAUUGCCAUCACCCGAACCGUCUCUGGGGUUGUCCUUGUCGGCAACGGCUAUUAUGAAAGACGACGCUGACGCUGAGUGCACGACUAUUUCCAUUGACAAGGGUGAUAUGAUAGGAGACGUUGAAGAGCUAUUUCUUGCCGAGUCUCCUUUCUUUGGCGUGACUUCGUUGAACACAGACAAGGUCAUGGAAGUGUCUCUAGAAACACCGCGUGCACCACCACGGCCUUCACGGGAUCGCACUUCUAGUCUCAACUACUCGAAAGGCCAAGUUGCACGUACUCAGCCAGUUCCUACCUCAUCUUUCUCGUCAACAGUGGUAGAAUUCGUUCAUGACGUCACAUUACAACAUUCGCAGACCCACACAGUGGAAAAAGUUGAAUGGAUUGAACUACACAGUAUUGAGAAAGCUGGUCAACCCAGACAGCGAAUGGAUCUCGUUGUCCUAGGACUGGCUAGAGGUUUUCAAGUGUGGACGUUUAAUAAUGGAGGAGACUGCGAGGAAGUAAUGUCGGAGCGACAGGGACCAAUUCGAGCUUUUGUUCCUUUGCCCAGUAAUUUCGAAUUACGUAACGGUGAAGUAGACACGUUUGCCGAGCAGAGACCGUUUGUGGCCAUGGUGGACACAUAUACGACUGUGCCAGAUCGGCAAUAUUGUUCCGUAUCCGUAGUGUCGUUGAGCAACGGAAAAGGUGUUCGUAGAUUUUCUUUCGAGGAACAAGUGUGUGGACUGAAUACUGCGGCUAGGUACUUGGUCGUGUCUCUGUCAACUCGUCUUGUUAUCUACGAUGUUGUCACUUUAACGGAAAUGCGUUCGGUUCGUGUUGUUCAGCCGCCAGAAUCGUCUACUCCUGCCGUUGCACUCAAUCAGCAGUUCAUCGCGUAUGCCGAUUUCAAGCUAAAUCCUGACAUACAAAGCUGUGGAGGGAUGAACACUGACAUUGAUGACGUACCUGUCACAUAUGCCAACCAGGUGUUCAGUGUUGCAAAGGCCCUUUCUCGUUCAGUGACAUCAUCUGUAUCAGGCGUUGGUGGCGUAAAAGCCGGUGAAGUGCCAAUUGGAAUUGUGACAGUGAUAGAUCUUGAACGAGAAGCAGAAGAUGGUUUUGAUGGGUGCGCUACCGUAGCACAUUUCGUGGCUCAUAAUGAACCGUUAGCGAGUAUGUCGUGGUCUCCUGAUGGACGUCUUCUGCUAACAACGGACAUUUCCGCAUGUGCAUUUAAUGUGUUUGCUGUGCUCACACAUCCAUACACACCAUUAUUAUCAGCUGUGCACCAUCUUUAUCGCUUACGUCGUGGGACUACCAUAGCAAAGGUGGUUUCUUGUGCGUUCUCGUUGGACUGUCGUUGGGUGUCGAUCUUCACAAAUCAUGGAACUUGUCAUGUUUUCGCGAUUAGUCCGUAUGGUGGAAAGCCAACACGCCGAACACAUGGCGAACACUUUACUAAUAAGGAUUCGCGCUUUCUUCGUUCUGCUGGUCUGGCUGGAGGUGUUGACACACAGACCGUGCUACCCCCACGUACGCGGAGUCACAGCGGGAACAUCCCGUUAUCUCGUGAACAUCCGUGCAUAUGGAACCGUGCAGUGGUUCGCUCAACAGCCAAUCCACGAAUCGGACCUUAUCCACCAACGAUCCUACUUGAUUCGGUGAAGAAAAUACGGCCGCAGUUGAGCGCUACGAACUUGAUCGCUCUGGGCAAAGAUUUAGCACCGUUAGCAUUAUCGGCGGUUAGUUCUGGUAGCAUCUCUAAACGAAGGACAAACGUCGAAUUGACGCGCUUCUCGCUGGCAUUCUCGAGUCGUACGGCCGCUUCGCCUCGCUCACAAUCGCUUUUGAUAGCGUGUGCUGAUGGCGGCGUAGUCUGUGAAUAUGAACUACAUCCGCACGGACCCAGUUCAACGAACUGCGAAGAUCCACCUGAGAUCGAUGUUACACCAUUAGCAAUGUGGACAUUGCAGAGAACGAAGAAUAACCCAGAUAUGCCGCCUCCACUUCACCCAGGUAGUCCUCUCUUGAGUUGGCUGGUCCCCGUCAAGACACAUCCUCGUGCCUCACAGGAGAUUGACACGUGGAUUUCACAAGUUGAGGUGUGUACAUACUCCGGUCCACACCGCCGUUUAUGGAUGGGUCCACAAUUCAAGUUUUUUGAGUAUCGUGAAGAAAACGUCAGUGCUGAACUGAUGACACCGUCGGAAUCUCGGCAUUCGUUAUCGUCCAUUAAAUCGGUUCCUGUUGUAAUUGGAGGCGCUGGAAAUAGUUGCUCUAACAGCGAAGCAACUCGUAUCGAGUGCGGUUCAUGGGCGAGUGAAGUGUCGAUGGCAAUGGGAGAUUCAGGAACCACUAGUGGUGAUAUCACCGGGCAAAUCGCCGAUGCCAUGCGCGAUCUUGAAAUUGAAGAGCAGCAGGGAUCUGGUGAAGUGUUUUUUGACACAUCGCCUGGUAUUAGACGGAAAUCGUUAAGAACACAGACGAUCGUUGAUGAAGAGGAUCUCGACUUUGACGACUUUCGAUAG